GGAACACUUACGUAAAGCAAUGCGCGAGUGUAACUUCGUCAAGGUGGGGGAAAUGAAAAUAGAUUUCGAACAAAAGAGCGCUCCAGCCGUUCUUUGGUCAAAUCUGAAUGAAUCUGAAUGCCAAACAUUUCAACCGGAUUGUUUUCCAAAAUUAUGAGUUUCCUUAAGCCAAAAGGUAGCGUUAAUUGGUGAACCAAGCCACGUUUUGUAUUACCUGUCAGUCUCUACAUCCGUUUAAGCUUCCAUUAGUAAUGGUGACCAAACAAUCUCAUUUCAGCCUGAUCAUUUCCGUGUCGGCACGGCUGAAACGCUCAGCAUAUAACCGGCUCUAGCCUCCAUCUGGAUGAGUUCUGACGGAUUUUCACCUCAUCAUCUACAAAGGUUCAAAUCAUCACAGUAUAUCUGUUAACAAAAAUGGUAUGUACUUUAGCUCUCUUUUGAAAUCCCAUCUUUGAAAUGUGUUUUACAUUAGACUGUUUAUUGAUACAAUCAGCCAGGCUUGUUUCUCCGUUUGGAAUAUAACAAAUAGUUUCUGCUACGUGCUACAAGUGCGACAUUUGUACAAACUUUACAAACGACGAAAUAACUAAUAGUUCUAAAUCAUGGCAUCUUCUACAGGGAAACUUGCUUAAUAGCGCCUUUCUGUUCCUAACCAAUAAAGUUGUGUUUGACUUCCAGAUUGUCUUUCUGAUCAGCAUUCUUUUGAUCACCUUGAAUGGAGUGCAAGUAAACUGCAUUGUGAGUUUUGAUUAAUUAUUUUACUAUUCUCUUGACCAGCAUAUAUCUGAGCUAUUUGAACCGAUCGAGUUCAUUGAAUUUAUGAAGGUUACUUUUCAUUAUUAUUAUCAUUUGCUAUUUCAACGUGACAGACUGGGAGCUAUUCCUACCGUGUUUCCGAAAAUGGAGCAGCGUUUACCGAAGAAGUAGAAGUGGAUGUCGACAAUCAAACCGAAGUGUUACGUGUUCCUCAGCACAACGAUGUGGACGCCAUGGAAAUGAUGAAUGACUUUAGAGAGGUAGGGUUUUUAAAUUUUAGGGAGAAAGUGUAAAUUACAGCACUACAUUAAGUCAAUUUCUUUACUUUUUUCAAUACUUGUAAUCAGGUUACUUCAAACAAAUAUUAACAAAAUUGGACCCGUAAACCAUAAAUCAUUGUCGUCAAAUGUCAGCAAUUUGUUGACAGUUAUGCACAGAGACUUACGUGAGAUCUUCCGGCAUAUCCGGAUAUUUGUAUGCAAGCCUAAUUCUACUCGCCUUUCAGGGAAGUAGAUUGAUUGCAGCACACACAUUCGUAAUAAAAGCCAGACAAGCAGAAUAAUUUCAUCUCAAAGUUUACCUAGUCUCCUUCGCAACUGUCUAAAAAAAGACGGCGCGUGUGACAUGCAAAACACCACUGCGAUCGAUGGAAGGUCGAGUUUAUGUAAACAAUACCAAGCUGUGUAGGCGGUUCAGCAUUUGCACUAAUGUUAGAAUGAACAAACUAAAAAGAUAUAAAUACAUCUUUCCUCAGGGUUUGUCUGUUUACCGAGUGCCGUCAGCACGUGCUUGCUAUGUAUCUAAGCUGGAUUCAUCUCUUCCAGAACCAGGGAAGAUGAGGGUCAACAUGGAACAGGUAGAGUCAAGAGAUUAUAAAUCAGACAUUAUAAUUUUCUAUGGCAUUUAGAACUUUUUACUUGUUGAAGAGGAUUUUACUUUUUCAUAUGACCUUUAUUUCUUUCCCUUUUGUGACACAGCCGCAGUCCACGUUUUUAGUCCAGUCAAUAUACUAAUCCUUAUAACCUUUAAGUUACCUCCAGCGACCACUUAAGAAAUCAUUUCAAAAAGUCGGAAAAUAGUUAUGACAGCUCCAGUUAGGGUCCAAUAACCGAAGCUAGGAGAGUUAUACAAAACAAAUUAUGUUGAUGCGAGACUCUAACAUUUAUUUAUUGCUUACAACUAUGUAUAUAGAUCAAUGAAUGUACCGUAUUUAGGCAGCCUCAGUUGUGGGUUAUGGAGGUUCCGCUCCGAUGCAAAUUUGUCCCACUGCCCAUAUGGUUCACUUCAAAUCUUUAACACAGCGACACAUGUUUCUUCAACUAACGAAAUCAUAAUAGAUUUGAAUAAUAUGCAAAUUUCAUUGCAUGCUGUUAAUAGAACUGCCAACUAGCUUUUAACCGACGGCCGCUCUACAUAAUACAUGAGCUAACGCGUGUCUAGGUAAUUAAUACUUUGGAGCAUUUUUUAAAUUGUUAGCCUAUUAUUGUCUCGGUUCCAUGUUUCUCAUUCCUCAUGUACAGGCCUCGAUGCAGCCCCGCUUACCCCGUCAUGUGACAACCAAGAAAAGGGCUUGGAGAGUGGAGGGUUUUGCGCAGCGAUCAGCUUUGCCUCAGAAGUUUCUGGAUUUCUGUGGCAGUUUUCCAAUCUAUACCAUUGAACAAACGUCGUUGGAUUUUAGUGUGAGCUCGUUUAGUAGAGGUGGGUUUAAUAUUGAAAGAAGAUUUGUCAACUAAAUCGACCGCCCGUAAUUGAUGAUAUGUAUGUCAUAUACAGGCGUUUUAACUUAAUUUGUCCCUAGACUUUUAUAAUUUGACGUGCUACAAAUGUAAUUCGACAAUAUUGUAUGAAAUACUAUUUACUUUUUUCUCUAGUUUUCUCUCUUUUUACUACUGUGUGUCAACGAUUUUCAUAUUAGCUCAGUAGGACAAACCUUUGAAGGAAAAAAAUUCCAAAAAAAGAAUUAUGGAAACAUUAUGAACAACUGGUGUCCAAGAAAGGGAUGGUGUUAGAAGAAAGGGAUGGUGUUAGAAGUAUCAUUUUUGGUAAUAGAUUUGUUUCUUUGCCUUAAGGUCAUGGCCGUUUUAGAAGGAGUGGACCUGGUCCGACCCCGUAUACAUUUAAAAAUUUUGCAACAUGUAGUAGUCAAAGUAUAAUUAACAUGGCGAACUGUCUGAAUAAGGCGAUUACCGAAGAAUUAUAUUCUGGCACGCAUGAUAAUCAUAAACUGGAGUGCAAAUUCGAUAGACAUGUUUGUUAUUACGUGGUUGACUGCCUGCCUAACGGUCAAGGCGUGUAUCAGUGUAAUCAAGUACUACACAUGGCCGACUUCCUCGGAUUUUGUUGUGAUAUGAAAUGUCUUGAAUGAAUAAGCAAUUUAUGAUAACAAACCUGACAAAAAACAUGUUUUUUUUAGAGUUGACUGAUAACUUUUGAAAAUUAAUCAACGAACACUAAAUUAAUAUUCGGUAAGGAUAUUAGGCAUUA